AUGGUCGGCGAGGGCGUUAUGAAGUCAUGGCAAUUACGGAAGCAGGGAACGUGGCAGGAAUUUCGCCAAGGGCUUGAAGUUGGAUUCAGGUUACCCCAAUCAACCUUCAGUUCAUAUCCAGUCAACCUGGAUGCAACACCUGCAGGGAGGACUCUGGCCAAGGCAGCCGAAACAGAUCCUCUUGUUCAGAAUGACUCCGUCAUGGAUGAAGAUGAAGAUGAAGAUGAAGAUGAAGAUGAAGAUGAGGAUGAGGAUGAGGAUCAUGAUGAUGAUGAAGAUGAUGAAGAAGAUGAUAGUGACGACGUCCAUUCCAUCUUUGACACGCCUUGCCCCGUUCGAAUAGGUCACUCUAUUUCGUCUACCACGCCCCCGGACACCAGGCCACUCAAUCGAAUUGAGCUCUACAAUCCCAUUACUGGAAACUGGUCUCUGGUCCAAGAUUCAGAGCAAUCCACUCCUACAGAAGCUGAGUCUUUCUCUCGGGAAUCCAGCGUGAUCGUCUUGGACGACUUCGAAGAAGAAAUUGAAGAGCUUGGGGACCUGAUCAUGGGAGAAGAUAUACCUGAUCUAUCUACACCUGAGCAUCUCCCGAACGAUCAAUUCGCCACAGAUCGCGAGAGGAUUAAACGUCUUCUCAAGUGA